AUGAAUUCCGCGACUUGACUCGUGUACUUGGAAGCGAGAGCGAGUUUUUGGAGCGGGCACUGUGAAAUGUGGCAGCAUGAUGCUGCCUGGAUAAUCAGCGGACAGCAGCACGGGCGGACACGACAAGCGGGAUUACAGACCCCCAGCUGAAGAAGGGCUAACGCCUGAUGCGAGGCCGCAGCCAAAGUCCGAGCGGGUUCUGACAAAACAUGGGCGUGCUCCAGCUUCACAACCCGGCUCACCCCGACACGUUGUUGCAGCGGGCCAACCAGAUGCGCCUGGCGGGCACCCUGUGCGACGUCAUCAUCACGGUCGACGGCCACGAGUUCCCAGCGCACCGCACCGUGUUGGCCUGCACUAGCAAGAUGUUCGAAAUCCUGUUCCACCGCAGCAGCCUGCGCUACGCUCUGGACUUCCUCUCGCCCAAGACCUUCCAGCAGAUCCUCGAGUACGCGUACACGGCCUCGCUGCAGGCCACGGCCGAGGACCUGGACGACCUGCUGUACGCCGCGGAGAUCCUAGAGAUCGAGUUUCUAGAGGAGCAGUGCCUGAAGGUGCUGGAGACCAUCCAGGCCGAGGAAAGCGAGGACACGCUGGUGCGGAACCACGUCGGCGGAGACCACGGCGACCACGGUCGGGCCAGACACUGGCGGCAUCUCAUGUCCAAGAAACAUUCCAUCCCGGACGGAGCACCGCGUACUACUGCUCUGCACCAACUGACCUUGUACCACAUGACAGAGAGGAUCCCACCGGGGUCAGACCCAAAUGCCCCUCCAGAACUAAGUCCCAAGCUGGACAUGAACAUUUCCCAGCAGCAAAGCAGCGCAGAGGCUCCGACCCUGGAACGCAUCGAGGGUAUCAAAUCGGAGAACAUGCAGGUGGACGAAGCCGACUGCUGCCAGGGCCGCUCGUCCGAAAGCUGCGCGUCGGAUCCGAGCCGAGACGAUGGCCCGGGGACACCGCUGAGAAGCAGCGUGAUCACCAGUACCCGAGAACUGCACGCCAGUCCCGAGGAGGGCGUGGUGGGAAGCUCUCUGGACUGUUUCCCCGGGUUAGCCGAGAAGCACCUGGCAUCCAUUUACGCCAUGGCCCCAGACCACGCCGGGGAGGCCAUGACCCAGGUGUCCGUGUCUCUGGCCCCAUCCCUGGGCAUGCCGCUGGACCCGCGGGCCUACGGCGGCCUGUUGCACCAGGGCCUUCUGCACCGGGAGCUCCUGAGCAGGCUGGGCCAAUUUGCAGCAGGAAUGAGGCACGAGGGGUCCGUUCUUGGGCCGCAGUGUUGCGGCGAAUGCGGGCUGCAGUUACACAGCCGGCAGGCCAUGGAGCAGCACAGGAGGCUGCAUGAUGACGAGAAGGGCCACGGCUGCGAAUUCUGCGGCAAACAAUUCCAGGACAGCAUGCGGCUACGCAUGCACAUGUUGUCUCACACAGCUCCCGCUGAGGCUCUGGUGUGCGAUCAAUGCGGAGCUACCUUCUCCUCAGAGGAGGCUCUGGAUGCCCACCGGCUAACACACACAGGGACUGACAUGGCGGUGUUCUGUCUGCUGUGCGCAAAGCGCUUCCAGACCCAGAAGGCCCUGCAGCAGCACAUGGAGGUCCACGCAGGCAUGCACAGCUACAUCUGCAGCCACUGCGAGCGACCCUUCCCUAGCCACACCACCCUCAAAAGACACUUGCGCUCGCACUCGGGCGAUCAUCCGUUCGAGUGCGAGUUCUGCGGGAGCUGCUUCCGAGACGACGGCACCCUGAGGGGUCACAAACGCAUCCACACGGGGGAGAAGCCUUACGAAUGCAACAGCUGCGGGAAGCGCUUCAGCCUCAAACACCAGCUGGAGACGCACUACCGCGUGCACACAGGUGAGAAGCCAUUUGAGUGCAAGCUGUGUCACCAACGAUCCAGAGACUACUCGGCUAUGAUCAAGCACCUGCGCACGCACAACGGCGCGUCUCCAUACCAGUGCACCAUCUGCCAGGACUUCUGCCCCAGCCUGGCCGCCAUGCAGAAGCACAUGAAAGGCCACAAACCGGAGGAGGUGCCGGCAGACUGGAGGAUAGAAAAGACUUAUCUGUACGUCUGUUAUGUCUGAGCAGGUCUUGGACCCGGUUGAAAAAUAUGGCUGAGGUCAUAGUGGCGACUCUUGCCGGGUCAAAUUUAAAAAUGCAAAAGUCGAGAGGUAAACGUGCUGAAACGGUAACGUACUUUAUGACAUCGUCUGUGCCAUUUAACGACAAAAGCGUUUGGUGAACCGUACGCGGUCUUUAAAACACGAGCUCAAAAAUGGGUUCAAACUGUGAAAAAAAGAUGCAGAAAGCAACCAGCGCCGGCUGGCCCACUUGGUUCAAUCGAGUCUUUGUGAGAGUAUUCCGUUCCCUUAACCACACCGUAAGGAAUUCCACGCAAAAGUGGCAACACGUUUACAUGAGAACAAUCUAAGAAAAAUGGGAGUUGGCUAGAUUUCUUCGCGAGGAUAUUUGUCAAGAUUUUAAGUCACAGUUCCACGGUUUUCAUUUUUUACUCUGCAAAACACUGACUGAUCAUUUCUGUUUAAAUGCUCCAGUGUAUAUUGGUGAAAGACCAGAUAUGUUUUUUUUCCAAAGCCGAUACUGAUUAUUAAUAGUCAAGAUGGCCGAUCACCCAUAUUUGAAACAGACAUUAAAUUUGCAGUAAAAGGGAAAUAAUUGGUGUCAAAAUUGAUUAAAAAAAACAUGUUUGCUAAAGUCCCUUUUCAAAUUUGCCACACCUUGUAGCUUUUUCUUUUAAGUCUAUACAUACAGAGAAUAAAUCUUUUAAAAUGUUCAAGUGAAAAGGUAAAAGAAAUUCCCUAGAGUUAACCAAAGAUUGUUCUCUUAUCGGCCUUGAGAUUAUGGAGAGAAAAAUAUAAUAAAGAUAAUCGGUCUAUCAUAGUUUAUUACAUUGACCCUAAAUGAGAAGCUGCACGAUUGACAGCUGCCAUUCAAAUACCUAAAAAUAUUCUGGUCAUAUAAACGCUGGUUGCUAACUGUUGAAAAGUCACCUUUAACAAAGCGGAUUAAAAAUGUCAUUUUUGGCUGUCAGUUUGAGAUUAGCAACAGUGUCUGAGUGGCUCUCUUGAUUCCGCUGUUAAAUUUUCCCCUGACUAUUUGAUUUUCCUUGCUGUUGUUUUUAUUUUAAUUUUUGUAGUUGUUGUGCACGUUUUACUUGAACUGGUUUUUGGCCUCACAACACACGAGCUCAUAAAUGGUCUUUUCUCGCGGCGGAUGGCGUCGCGGGUUCCGAGGUAGCAGGCUUCAAUGUCAAAUCAGUGUCAUUGCUAUUUUGUUGUUUGUAAACAAAUACGUGCUGAUUAUCACCACCGCCGCGCGGGGUCGUCCGCCAUUUUUCCCCGUUUGUCGGCAGGCGAACAGUGUUGAUUUGUCUGUGGGUUUCUUUUCCUAACAAUUACCGUCACAAUUUCAAUGGUCAAACUGUGUCAGAAAAGAGAAAAAAAAAAUGUAAAGAGCCUCAACAUGGCUUUGAUGUGUUUUUUUUUUUUUAAUCACCGUCUAUAAUUAGAUGUCUUAUAAAUCACAAAACUGAUGAAAAUAGAACAUGAGAAGCAAAGUCGUUUUUUUUGUGUUAUUUUUAAAGAAAAUCCAGACAAGUGGCAGUUAGUGUGAGUUGUUGUGUACGUGUCAUGUACAGGCCGUCCGUCCUGCGUUGUUGUUCCUGUGCGGGCCUUAUCCUGUUGUACUUUUGUAUCACGGUAAUUUGCUGUCUUGUUUACAUUUGAGAAACAUCUUUAACGUGUGUGUUUGAUAAGUCUCCGAUGGGGGGAAAGAAAAAAAAGUUCCCUUUUUCUAUGCGGAGCGUUGACAUGCUUGAGUAUGUGGGUCUGUGCUGUUGGUGUUUUUUUUUUAGUUUCUCGCUCCCAAAUUCGAGAUGAGAUCCACGUCUCGGAACAUUGCAACUGGAAGCAAAAUACUGUGAUUGUGACGCUCUGAUGCAAGUUGCCAGCAAGGGCGGUGUAAAAAAAAUGUUCAAAUUGCGUUGCCGAUUGAGUGAAAGUUAACUGUGAGGUUUUUUUUUUUUUUUCCUAGGGUGAAAACGGUGUACAGCACAUCGUGGCAACUUGAUGCCAUGACACACAUUCACUGUAUCUAUUCUAUACAUGAACAUGCACUAUAACCAGUUUAGUCAGUGGACCAAAAGAAAUAGAGCACUUUUGUUUCAGAUGAUUUUUUUUUUUUUUAAAUCUUUGUAUGUUGUGAUAAUGCAGAUGUCUUUUUUUUUUGUUUAGUGUGUCCUAGAAGGCUGUGAUUCGCAUCGUUUCGAUAUGUCGAUGUCUGUCUACCUCAGGGCCAGGUCGAAGCUCGAGCUGGUGUCCAAUCAGGGUUGUUCUUCUUGCCAUGUGUGCAGUCAAGUCCCUCCUCAUUGCAGCUUUUUAACACCCCGUGUGGAAAGUGUUUUCUCGGUGUGGAUUCAGGCACAACUCUGUACGCGUAGGUGUUCGGUGGCAUGGUCAGAAAAAAAAAAAGAGAGCAAAAAAAAAAAAGAAUUAAAAAACAAUUUACUAUUCUA